UAUUUUAGUUAUUUUUACUAUUUAACUUGUACAAGUAUGUACAAUUAUGUAUUAUUUAUUAUUAUUUGCCAUGUGAAAAGUUUUGUCACCUGAAUAUUGAUUGUGCGAUGAAAAAUGGAAACAGGAAAAUUCCCAAAGGAAAACAAAAACGAACAAUUUUUUUCGAAAUGAAAAAUAAUGAAAAAGCAACGAAAUAAUUAUUAUCAAACUUUGCUUAUGAAAUUAAGCGUUAAUUAAAGAUCCGGAAAUAAUUUUAUUAAUUAUAAUGUUGUUCACCCUAUAGGAACGCAAGAAUAAUAUGUUUUGUACAUUUAAAAAGUGACAUAAGGUCAUAAAUAAGAUUGAAGGGACAUCAAUUAAAAAAAUGAAAAAAUUUUCUCAAUCCAGAGAAGAAGAAGAAGAAGAAGAAGAAGGAGCGCGUGCUAUUACUGAAUCAUCAUUAUCAUCAUCAUCAUCAUCGUCUCUUUUUAAAUAAACACAUAUUUAAGAAUGUGUUGUAGGAGUAGGGAAAUGAGUGAGAAAACAAUAUCAUCAUCGCAAAGAGAUGGGGGUCCGUAAGACUCUUUAAUCACGUAUUUUCUUCAUUUACUCUAAUCGUCUGGGUUUGUAUGUCUACUCCCACCUUCGCUCCCCCUUUUAUUUCAUUCAUGAAGAUGAAGAUUCCCCUUUUAAAAAUCGUGGGCCGACUAUAUAAAUGCAUUUUGCCCUUAAGAAAUUUCUCAGUAUUUCUCAGUCGUGUUCUGACCUUGUCAGAAUCGAAAAAAAAUUAUAUUUUCAAAAAAUUCCAAAUUUUCAACAAAAAGAAAAGUAUUUCAAAGAAGAAGGAACAAUUUUACAAUAAAUUUUUAGGGAGAAAAAUUAAGUGUUAUUAAUGAUAAGUUUUGUUUAAUUGUGUUAACGUGAAAAAAAAAAAUGGUUAAUUUGUUUAUUAGGACGUGUCUCGUGCUAUUAAUUAAAGGAUUUUUUAUUGAAAAUGCUUUCAGUCAAUUUCAAACGUCGCCACAUAUUAUCGUUAUUAUGGCCGAUGAUUUGGGAUGGAACGACGUGGGAUUUCACGGCUCGAAUCAAAUUCCAACACCAAAUAUCGAUGCACUUGCAUAUAAUGGAAUAAUUUUAAAUAGACACUAUGUACUUCCAUCGUGCACACCUUCGAGAUCGUCUUUUUUCACUGGAAAAUAUCCUCUAAGAAUGGGUAUGCAAGGUGGAGGAAUUAAAGGCGGUGAACCACGUGGUAUUCCAUUGGAUACGCCAAUUUUACCUGAACAUUUAAAAGGAUUGGGAUAUGUAACGAGACUUAUUGGAAAAUGGCACGUUGGCUAUCAUACACCUCAACAUACUCCACUUCAUCGGGGUUUUGAUUCUUUUCUUGGAUUUUAUAAUAGCUAUAUUAGUUAUUUUGAUUACAGAUAUUCACAAGGGAAUAUGAGUGGUUUUGAUUUGCAUCAAGGAGACAUACCAAGUUACGGUGUACAAGGCGAAUAUGCAACUGAUCUUUUCACUGAAGAAGCACUUCGAAUAAUAGAUCAUCACGAUCCACAACGACCUUUAUAUCUUCAAAUUUCACAUUUAGCUGUUCAUGCACCACUCGAAGUGCCUUUAGAUCAUUUUAAUAAUAAGGAAUUUGCUCACAUUCGCGAAUCGAAUCGAAGAAAAUAUGCAAUGAUGGUUUCGAGAUUGGACGAUUCAAUUGGAAGAGUUGUUUCCUCAUUGGGCGAUAAGGGAAUGUUACAAGAUACAAUUAUUUUAUUUCUCACUGAUAAUGGCGCAGCUUCAAUUGGCGAAUUUCGUAAUUGGGGAUCAAAUUAUCCUCUAAGAGGGACAAAAUAUACAUUAUACGAAGGUGGAGUGAGAGGAACAGCGGUUCUUUGGUCGCCAAGAUUGCAAAAAAUGGCCGUUGUCUCAGAGCAACUUGUUCAUAUAACUGAUUGGCUUCCAACACUUUAUUCGGCAGCUGGUGGAAAUUUAAAAGAUUUGGGAAAUAUUGAUGGCGUUGAUCAAUGGCCAGUUCUCAGUGAGGGUCGAGGAUAUGCACGUGAUUCGAUUGUAUUGAAUAUCGAUGAAAUCACAAAAACCGAAGGAGCAAUUCACAAUCGAUUUAAACUCGUUCGUGGUUCCGUGAAGAGGGGAUAUUACGAUGGAUAUCAUGGUGAAUCGGGUAGAAAUCGUGAAGUUCCACUUUACAAUACAACGAGAAUUUUAAAAAGUGCAGUCUCAGGAAGUAUUUCCGCACAUCUUGGUGGACCAGUUACACAACCAAGUGCAAUGAUAAGUUUACGUUUACAAGCGACUGUUCAAUGUUUUGCAAACACAACUUAUUAUUCGUAUCCAAUUCGUAACACUUUUGUCACAUGCAAUGAGACAGAAUGUCUUUUUGACAUUGUUAAUGAUCCCUGCGAAACAAGAAACAUCGCUAAACAAUAUCCAAACAGAGUACAAAAUUUGGAUAAACUAUUGGAAAAAUAUGGUCAACUUUUGCAAAAACAAAUGCGACUUCCAAUUCAAUGGUUGGCAGAUCCAAGAAGAAAAAAUAACACCUGGGAACCAUGGUUAACGCCAAAUCAUAUGCUUUAUGCGUACGCAAGUGCUGCAUCAAAAAUAAGCAUUUUGGCUUAUAUUGCACACAUUGGAUUAGUUUUGAUAAUUAGUAUUUUUAGGAAUUUUAUCUGAUUAAAAUAAUUAACGGCACGUGUUUUCUUAUCUCAAAAAAAAAAGAAAUAAUUUAUCUGCUUAUUGUAAAAAGCGAUUUUGAUUUUUUUUUUUUAAUUUGUUCCUAAGAAAAUUCAUAAUUUUUCUAAUUUUUAAAUCUGUUUUUUUUUAUAAAUUAGAUCUCGAUAUAUUUGGGGAAAAAAAAUAAUAGUUUAUUUUUAGACACGUAGAGAUAAUUUAUAAUUUUUUUUUUUUAUUUUAUUUUAAGACUUUUCUAAUUGUAUUUUUAUAUUAAGUUUUAGAAUUUUAAAAUUAAAAUUAGUACAAAGAAA